CCUAAAUUUUUUAUUGAAUGAGAGAAACAGGAAGAGAGAUACUUAGUAGUAUUUCUCAUCCCAGCACCACUGCGCAACGGGAAGAUCAAUGUCGCCUACUCGUAAUUUCUAGCCUCACUGCUUUUACAUCACCCAAUGUUUUCUCUAUAAAACUUGACUUGCGAGUCGAGAGUCAACCUCCCCAUCCCUCCCCCUCCCCCUCCCAUCUCUAAUUUCAACACUCUUCGUCCGCCCCUCCUAAAGACGCCCGAAAAUCAUGGCCGAUCUCCUACGUCAGUCGCGACCAUGGCUGCUCUCCCCCAUGCGCUUACGAGCCUUACGAGCCCCGUCUCCCAUAACGUGCACCGUCUACCGAAGUAUAAGUACGACUCCCUCGCGCCCGUAUGCUGCGAGGAGGGGAGGCAAUAGGUCAAGGACUAUGAAAUCAUUUAGACAAGGAAACCAACAGCAAAUGGAGCCCUCCAUGACCAUGUUAAUACCCCAGACCCUCGUGGCCCCUCCUCUUUGGCGAUAUCCGCGCCAGCCUAGCAAGUUCUUCCAAAUGUUAUGGUUACAUAUCAAGACUCGUUACAGCGCGCUAUGGGCUAUAAUGUCCAUGAAAGUCAUGUCUCAACCGACCCCCUUCAUAAGCAGGCCGCUCUUCAAGUUCCACCGCGCCGCCGCUAUACCUACAGCUAAAGCCCUGCACGUUCAGAUGUCCGAGGCCAUGGCCCUCGGCGACAAGGAGACCCUGCGCAGCAUCUGCACUCCCGAACUGUUCCAAACCCUAGCUGCCACCAUCGACGCCCGUCCCCGUGGUAUUCGCGCCGAAUGGGAGCUCGUCCGCUAUGCCAGCACCUGGCUAUAUCCCCGCGUCGCCGACUGGCGCACCGGAUACCAACCUCUACCCAAUGGGGACAUGAAAGCCCUGAAGCAGAUCGUCGUGAGCAUCGCUAGCGUCCAGCGCAUCGCGCGCUACGACGACUCCAAGGGUGGUGUCAAGGUCCCCGGCAGCGAACGCGUGCGUAAGAUGGUAGAGCACAUCGUGCUACAAGCGGCUAUAGACAAGAAUACUUACGAGGCUGAGCCCUGGAAGAUAUGGGGCACUCUACCCGAGACGACGUACGAGGAAUAUCGGGCCGAGCUAGAGAAUUAUCAAGCUGUUAUGUCUGAGCAGCCAGGAAAGUAGAUAAUGAAGGGGUGGUAAAAAAAAACUUGUAUAAUAUGGGCUUGUACAUAUAAGACCUGUAUAAAUCAGACUCAAAAGCAGUUAACGUUGUCUAUAGAUCUGUCUCAUUAGUAAAGCGGUAAUUUGCCGAGGCAUCAUAUAGUAUAUAAAUCCAGACUCUAUUUAGAUAUCUGGUGACCUUAAACUAUAUUGCCUUCGGAAAA